CUCACGCCCCACUCUUCCUGUUCGGCCUACUAUGUCUCUUCGCAUCGUGGUCGCCUAACACUAGCAACAUUGCGGCACAUCGCUUCCUGUUCCAGCAGCACCAACUUCAUGGGUCCCCUCAAUGGCGCGACCAUACUGUAACGAUCAUCUUCAUCCCCCCUGAUCGUCCCCAACUCCACCACCGGCACCAGAGAUGCCAGCACCACGUCCGGUGGCCUGUUGCCUAAUCUUCUUGGCGUCGCGCACCUGCUCGUGUCGCUAGGCAUCGUGCUCGCCACGGACAAGUUCAUCAAGCAGGCAUUCGUUGCCGCGUCCAUCAAGUUCCCAAGCGCCCUAUUCGGCAUGUUCUGCGUCUUCUCCGUGCUCGUCAUCUUCGACACCUUCGUGCCUGCUCUAGCCAAGGGAUUCAUGGACUUCUUUGAGCCCGCCGCUCUGUUCAUCCAGAGGUGGCUGCCCUUGUUCUACGUCCCUUCGCUAGUGGUGGUGCCGCUUGCGGUCAUGGAUGUCCCGGCGGCUUUAGGUCUCAAGAUUUUCGCAAUCACUUUCGGUGGCUGGUUUGCUUCACUCGCGGUCGCAGGAUACACAGCAUUAGCUGUGAGAAAACUUGUGAAGACACAGCUUAUACCAGCAGAGCCCAUGAGCAAACCAUCUCCUUUUUCGACAUUCGAGAUUUGGGCAUGGGCUGCUAUCUUUGUUGCAUCAUUCGGUGUUGCAUACUUGAAUCCCACCGCACUUGGUACCACAGCACGAACAUGCCUUCCUUUCCUGCUGGCUUCCACUGUACUGGGAUACAUGGUUGGUUCUGGGUUACCAUCUGGUGUCAAGAAAGUGUUGCAUCCAAUCAUCUCCUGUGCACUUUCUACAGAUUUGGCGACAAUAGCAUAUAGGUAUCUAUCCGGGUCUGGAGUUGAUGCUGUGCUAGAAAAGUGGCUGUCCAGGUCCUCUAAUCCUGGAGCUGGUGACGUUCUAAUGGGUUUCCUUGGGUCUGUGAUCAUUUCAUUUGCAUUCUCGAUGUUCAAGCAGAGAAAGCUUGUAAAGAGGCAUGCAGCAGAGAUUUUCACAUCAAUUGCCAUUGCAUCGACAUUCUCUUUGUACUCAACUGCCGUCAUAGGGCGCCUGAUAGGGCUAGAGCCGACGUUAACCAUAUCGAUACUACCAAGGUGUAUUACUGUGGCGCUGGCUUUGAGCAUAGUAUCUUUCUUCGAAGGUGUAAACUCUUCGCUAACCGCGGCCGUGGUUGUCCUUACCGGGCUCAUUGGUGCGAAUUUUGUCCAAGCAGUUAUGGAUAAACUUGGUCUGAACGACCCGAUCGCCAGAGGAAUAGGGACAGCUUCCAGCGCUCAUGGAUUGGGAACAGCAGCACUGUCAGCUAAGGAACCUGAAGCGCUCCCCUUCUGCGCCAUCGCUUAUGGUCUCACGGGGAUUUUUGGCUCGCUGAUUUGCUCGGUUCCAGCAGUGAGGCAAAGCUUAAUAUUCAUAGCUGGUUGAGAUCAGCUCGUGAUGAAUUGUGAGGAGCAUCGCUAGUUGUUGGUCCGAAUCUGAGGGAUUAUGUUCUUCAGAGAACAUAAGUAUUUUUUUUUCUGCAACAAACAUGUGUUCAGAAGAUGGGGAAAACAACAUGCCAAUGUGAAAUUUUUGGGUCAGAGUGUAUAGAGGAAGUUGAACAAUACAGUGAUAAAAAAGGUGUAAGAUUACCUACAACAUUUGCGUGCCUGUAAAUG